CUCUGUAAAGGAACACGUACUGGAUGAAAAGCGAAUCGCUUUAUGUUGAUUCAGGUUAAAGACCCUGAACUGUGAACUGUGAAACUGCCUGCCUACUAAACAUACCUCCGAACAGAUCCCAGGUAACCAUGACGAUCGUCAGCUGUCACUCGGUGCUUUUCGCGGUGGUUGCGGUGGCCCUCGUCAUGGCUCCUUGCUUCCAGGCCAAGACCACAGCGAAGCCCAAGCACCACUACACCAAGAAGCCCCCCGCCCCCCCAGCCACCGCACACAGCCCUCGGACCCCCGGCUCCCCAAAGACCCCGCUGAAGGCCCCGGAGAGUAAGCCCCCGCGUGCAGCGGAGCCCCCAGCGCCGGCCGCCGCAGAACGGACCCCCUAUCCCAGAGACGUGGUCCCCGACCACCACAUGGAGGGCACUCGCCCCCCCAGCGCUGGGAAUGAGAACUACACACUAGAUUACAACGAGUGUUACUUCAACUUCUGCGAGUGCUGCCCGCCUGAGAGGGGACCCAGGGGCCCGAAGGGGGACAGGGGUCUGGCAGGGCCAGACCGAGCAGAGCCAGGGCCCACUGGCUUACCCGGACCGCAGGGUCUCAGAGGCACUGUGGGAUUGAAAGGGGACAAGGGUGAUCGAGGAAACGUUGGAUUGGCGGGGUCACCGGGAAUUCCUGGAAAACCUGGAGAGAAAGGUGAAGGUGGUUCUGACGGCCGGAACGGAGAAGUUGGGUUACAGGGCAGCCCCGGAGACAAAGGGGAGCCCGGCCUCAAUGGGACGGCUGACAAGGGAGAACCAGGGGCCGAGGGUCCGACCGGACCUCCGGGUCUGGCUGGGGAGACGGGCCCCAAGGGAGACAAAGGCGACAGGGGGGAGUGUGGCACCUUUGGGGAGAGAGGUAACACAGGGGCCCGCGGGGAGCCUGGACAUCCUGGUAUUCCGGGCGGAAUGGGUCAUCCUGGAUUGAACGGCAAGUAUGGCCCCCCGGGUCAGCCAGGGGUCCGGGGAGACCCGGGGCCCCCUGGACCUCACGGGGAACCUGGGGUGAAAGGGCCGCAGGGAAGCCCAGGACUAAGAGGCCUUUUCGGUCCAAAGGGGGACCGCGGUUACCACGGCAUGCGGGGCGAGCGGGGCCACCGCGGGCUGAAAGGCGCCAAGGGGGCGGGGCUUCCCCAAAAGCGCUCGGCCUUCAGCGUGGGCAUCACGCCGAGCAAAUCCUUCCCGCCGUCCGGUUCCCCGAUCCGCUUCGACAAGGUCUUCUACAACGAGGAAGGCCAGUACAACGCCUCCUCCCACAGCUUCACCUGUGUCCACGCCGGGGUCUACGUCUUCUCCUACCACAUCACCGUGCGGAACAAGCCACUGCGGGCGGCCCUCGUGGUGAACGGCUCGCGGCGGAUCCGGACACGGGACUCCCUCCAGGGUCAGGACAUCGACCAGGCGUCCACGCUGCUGCUGCUGCGGCUGGCGGCCGGAGACCAGGUGUGGCUGGAGACCCUCAGGGACUGGAACGGAGCUUACGCCAGCAGUGAAGACGACAGCGUAUUCUCUGGGUUCCUGCUGUACUCGGACGAAGCGUGA